AUCACCGCCAGAAAGCCGAGUUGAGAAGAAAAAAUGGAAUCCGAACCCUUCUCCACCAACACGUUUGAAUUCCCCCGCCGUUACUGUCGCGGCCUCCUAUUGGUCGGUGCUGGCCAAGUGGAAGCGUCUGCUGUGAUUGGUUGGUGUGCGUCAGCCCCGCCCCUCCCUCUGCGACCAGCGAGUCCCGCCCCGGAAGGGUCGUCUCCCGAUCUGCACCUGCGCAGCGCUUCAGUCCGGGUUCGCUGGCUCUCCGCUGGCACUCCCCCGGCGCCAGGGGCCGGCUUUCCUGCACUUUCCAGUUUAACCAGAGCAAGUCUCUUUCGGGGAGGGAGCCAUUCCUGGGUAGAGUCACCCGUUGAGAGGAUAACAGGGGCGGAAACGCUGCUCUCAGCAUCUGGACCUAAAAGAAUUCUGCGCAGAACUCCGAUGCCCGUCACGAUUGACAUGUCUGAACUCGGCUUAUCAGCGCCCCUCCCUCCGAGCUUGUCCCAAGUAAGGGCUCAGGUGUCCUCUGGGAAAGGUCACUUCUCGAGUAAACUACACGGGUGCGGGGCUCUGAUAAGUGGCUUUGUGAUCCAGGACAACAAGAUGUCUUUUAUCAGCAUCCUGACAUGCUCUAUGACCAGAGGAGACCAAGGAGACAUGACAACUAAAUGCAAUGUGGUAUUGAAUCCUGGAACAGAGAGAAGACAUUAAUGGAAAAACUGAUGAAAUCCAAAUAAUAAAUAGCUGAGGUUUAGUUAACAGUAAUGUACCAGUGUUGGUUUCUUAAUUUGAACAAAUGAACAACAGUAAUGUAAGAUCUUAACAGUAGGGAAACUGAGUGAAAGGUAUACGCCAACUGUACUAUCUUUGAAACUUUUCUGUAAAUAAAA